CCCGACCCGACCUGUGGCCCCGCGGCCCGGGCUGGGAAAGGGGAAAUGCCUGCGUUUAAAGUCCUGCAGGUGGAAGGCCCCGCACUGGUCACCCGGGUCCCUCCGAGGCCGCAAGGAUCCCGGCGGACAUGACGGGGGCUGGAGGGGGCCUCGGGGCCUGGGGGCGCCUGGUGCUGCUGGGCCUGUGCGUCUGGACCGGAGCCGCCCCCAACCCCGUCAGGGACCUGACCGUGGAGAGUCAGACCACCAGCUCCAUCAGCCUGCGCUGGACAGCUCCCCAGGGCCCCAACCGGAACUACACCUACUGGGUCGAGUGGACGGGUGGUGGUGGCGAAACUGGAACCCAGAGCACAACACACACCAGCGUCACAGUGGACGGACUGAAACCCGGGUCCGCCUACGCCCUCGCCGUGUGGGUGGAGAACAGAAACAUCAGCAGCUCCCGGACCCCUCUCCGCGCGGCCACAGUCCCCAAUGCAGUGACAAAUCUCGGGGUCCAGGACCAGACCACCAGCUCCAUCACCCUGAGCUGGACAGCUCCCCAGGGCCCGGAUCACCCUCCCUACACCUACUGGGUCUCCUGGACCGUGAAGGGCGGGGUUGCCACGGGGACCCAGAACACCUCGGAUACCAGGGUCACAGUGGACGAAAUGGAAGCUGGGGCCCUGUACACGUUCACCGUGCGGGCGGAGAGGAACGGAGUCAACAGCAGCAACACGACCUGCACGGGGGCCACAGUCCCCAAUGCAGUGACAAAUCUCGGGGUCCAGGACCAGACCACCAGCUCCAUCACCCUGAGCUGGACAGCUCCCCAGGGCCCGGAUCACCCUCCCUACACCUACUGGGUCUCCUGGACCGUGGAGGGCGGGGUUGCCACGGGGACCCAGAACACCUCGGAUACCAGGGUCACAGUGGACGAAAUGGAAGCUGGGGCCCUGUACACCUUCACCGUGCGGGCGGAGAGGAACGGAGUCAACAGCAGCAACACGACCUGCACAGGGGCCACAGUCCCCAAUGCAGUGACAAAUCUCGGGGUCCAGGACCGGACCACCAGCUCCAUCACCCUGAGCUGGACAGCUCCCCAGGGCCCGGAUCACCCUCCCUACACCUACUGGGUCUCCUGGACCGUGGAGGGCGGGGUUGCCACGGGGACCCAGAACACCUCGGAUACCAGGGUCACAGUGGACGAAAUGGAAGCUGGGACCCUGUACACCUUCACCGUGCGGGCGGAGAGGAACGGAGUCAACAGCAGCAACACGACCUGCACGGGGGCCACAGCUCCCAACGAGGUCACAGCUCUGCGGAAGGACACUCAGACCAACAACUCAAUCGCCCUGCAGUGGAAGGCCCCGGCAUGCCCCCCCUCUCAGCUCUACAUGUACUGUGUCCAGUGGGCCAGUGGGGGACCUCCCCAGGGGGAAGGAGACCCCCAAGGACACCAGGUCGACCAGAUAGCCAGGACCAAAGAGACUUGGUAUGUGGUGAGGGGCCUGGAACCCGGGACUCCAUACAACUUCAGCGUGUGGGCGGAGAGGAGCAACGUAGCCGGUUCCACACAGAGCCUCCGGGCAUCCACAUCCCCGGACCCCGUCACCAUCAUCUCCUGCACCAGCAUCUCUGGUGGCUAUGGGGUCUCCCUGAACUGGACCUGCCCCCUGGGCGGCUAUGAGGCCUUUGAGCUGCAGGUGGGCGGGCAGCUGGUCUCCCUGGACAACGCCUCCUGCGGGAGGGACGUGUUCGUGUCCCACCUCCAGCCGGCUCAGUCCUACCCAGCCACGGUCAGGACCAUCUGGGACGGACUGAGGGCCCCAGCUGCCUCCGUGACCUGCCACACGGAGACUGCAGGGGUCAUCGCCGGGGCCAUCGUCGGGGCCCUGCUGUUCCUCACCCUGGUGGGCCUGCUGAUCUUCUUCCUGAGGAGGUAUAAAAAGAGCCUGAAGGAGCCAGCACUCAGCUUCCCAAAGGAUAUCCCUGCGGCUGACUUUGCUGACCACGUCCGCAAAAAUGAGAAGGACAGCAACUGCGGCUUUGCUGAGGAGUACCAGCACCUGGCCAUGGAGGGCCACGGCCAGUCUCAGACGGUGGCCUCGGCUCCAGAAAACAGCGCCAAGAACCGCUACCGGAACGUGCUGCCCUACGACUGGUCCCGCGUAACCCUGCGGUCCCUCGGAGGGGCCCCGGGCUCCGACUACAUCAACGCCAGCUUCAUGCCCGGUCUCUGGAGCCCCCGGGAGUUCAUUGCGACCCAGGGCCCCCUGCCCCAGACGGUGGGUGACUUCUGGCGCCUGGUGUGGGAGCAGCAAAGCCACACCCUCGUCAUGCUGACCAACUGCGUGGAGUUGGGCCGGGUGAAGUGUGAGCAUUACUGGCCUCUGGACGCCCAGCCCUGCACCCACGGGCACCUGCAGGUGACCCUGGAGGGGGAGAAGGUGAUGGAGAACUGGACAGUCCGAGACCUGAAGCUGCGACAUACGCAGGAGCAGAAGACUCUGUCGGUGCGACAGUUCCACUACGUGGCCUGGCCGGACCACGGCGUCCCCCACUCCCCGGACCCCUUGCUGGCCUUCUGGAAGGUGCUCAGGCAGUGGCUGGACAAGACCCCGGAGGGAGGCCCCCCCAUCGUGCACUGCAGCGCCGGUGUGGGCCGCACCGGCACCCUCAUCGCCCUGGACGUCCUGCUGCGCCAGCUGGAGUGCGAGGGGGUGGUGGGGCCCUUCAGCUUCGUGAAGAAGAUGCGGGAGAGUCGGCCCCUGAUGGUGCAGACCGAGGCCCAGUACGUCUUCCUGCACCAGUGCCUCCUCCGGUUUCUGCAGCAGUCGGCCCCGCCGCCCGCCCAGAAGAACGAGGCCGUAUACGAGAACCUGGUCUUCGAGAACGAUGCUUAGGGGAAGCUGAGCUUCGGGGCCCGGAGACCCUCGCCCAGCCAGGCUCACACUCAGGAUCCAGGCUUCCGCCCCGAUUCCUGGACCCCUGGGACAGCAAGGGGCUGGGGUCCCAGACUCCUGGGCCCUGGAGGAGGGGGGCUGGCAGCCCUGGGGGAGAGAGGUCGGGUGGGAGCCAGGAUCCUGGUUCCGUGAAGGAGGAGAGGGCAGGGGGCUAGGAUGUCCUAGUUCUCGGUGGGAGGAGGAGACCAGGGCCCCUUGGGCUGCAGGGUCUCCCAGAAACAAGCUGGAUUCUGAGGAAGGAAGGAAGGGAUGAGGGUCCCGGGUUCAGGUUCUGGCCACCUAAGGAGUAAGGUAGGCAGGGUCCCACUUUUCACUCCAGAAACCAAAUCUCCUAAGACCUCAGGUUCCCAGCACCCACUCCCUGUACAUAUUUUCUGCCUCCAUCCCAUAACUUAUUAAAUCACUAUUCUCUGCAGAAA